UGAACUAACCCUGGAACAUAACCUGAGCAGGUCCGACCGAGUCCGACAGUCGAGCCCUUGAAUUCAGCCAAGUACACCUGGCUGCAGAAACGCGCGUGUGUCCGCGACUCCGUGCGCGCGCACGCGCGCGCUGCGCUGUCUCGCGACAUGUGGCGUCACAAGAGUGCGAUUGUUUCUCUUUGGAUGUCAGUUCAACCAGUCAGUCCACUGUACUGCGAUAACCAGGAUGUAGGUGUGACGGAGCAGGUAAACGCGUCAUGUGGUGACACACCUGUUUGAGCUCAUUCUGUCAUAUCUGCUGGUUAAGGAGUGCCACGCUGUAAGAUUCACAACAACUCGGCGUUCAUAUAUUUGUCUUUUCAGCUAAAUCUACAGAGGGCCAGAUGCGAGGUCUGUGUGCGCUGCUGUGCUUCGGCCUGGUGGGGGCGCUCCCGUUAAAGCAAAAGUUGGCUGAGCAAGGCCCGCCAGCAACCAAGAUCCAUGGACACCAGUGGGUGACGGAGAACUGCCGCCGGCUCUCCAACCUCCUGAAGCAAAAGAGCUCAGCCAUACGGAAACUAGGUUCGGCCGCGGCGAUGGUGGAGCGGGACAAGACGCUGUCGCAAGGAGAGAAGCUGUUCCGUGUGCACACGCUGGAGAUCUUUCAGAGGGAGCUGAACGAGAGCGAGCACUCGCUCUUCCAGGCCGUGGACGGGCUCCAGAGAGUGUUGAAGGGAAACUUCAGAGACGUGGUCAACAUGAAGGAGAGCAGCAGGCAGAGACUGGACGCCCUCAGAGAAGCCGCCAUCAAAGAAGAGCAGGAGUACAUGGAGUUGGUGGCAGCUGAGAAACACCAGCAGGAGGUGCUGAGGGAGGCGCGGGACAUUAAUAAAACCCUCUCUAUGUUGGAUGAGAUCCUGGAGGACGUUCGGAAGGCUGCGGACCGACUGGAGGAGGAGAUCGAAGAUCACGCCUUCGACAACAACAAACAGAUGAAGGGGGUGAACGUGGAGGCCGUUCUGAGAGUGGAGGAGGAUGAAGACGACAGUAAGAGGAAGAACGCGUCCAGACAGAUGCACAAGGGCAAUCUGGGGCUCAGCAUGCUGAUAGACUCCCAGAAUAACCAGUAUGUGCUGACCAAACCGCGUGACUCCACCAUUCCCCAUGCUGACCAUCACUUCAUCAAGGAUCUGGUGUAUGUGGUGAUGUUGUCUUUGCCGUGUGGAUGGUUCUGCACAAUGCUGGGUCUGCCGCCCAUGUUUGGUUAUAUCAUCUGUGGAGUUCUGCUCGGGCCGUCCGGACUCAACAGCAUUAAAUCGGUGGUUCAGGUGCAGACGUUAGGAGAGCUGGGUGUGUUUUUCACUCUUUUUGUGGUUGGUCUGGACUUUUCCCCUGAACGACUCCACAAGGUGUGGAAAAUCUCCGUCCAGGGUUCUGGAUAUUUAAGUCUUCUGAUGGUGGCCGCCGGGCUUUUUUGGGGUCAGCUGCUCGCUCUUCCCCCGACGCAAACCGUCUUCAUCUCCAGCUGUCUGUCUCUAUCCAGCACCCCGCUGGUGUCUCGCUUUCUCGCAGGAGGAUCCAGAGGGGAAUCAAAAGAUGGUGAGCUGGAUUACAGCAGUGUUUUACUGGGCAUGCUGGUCAUGCAGGAUGUUCAGAUGGGGUUGUUGAUAGCCGUCAUGCCCACCUUGAUUCAAGGAGACACUGAAGACACGGACAGCGUUGUGAUGGCCACGCUGCAUGUUCUAUUUCUUCUGGCUCGGGUCGUGGCGUCACUAGCGGUGGUGCUGAUGUUGUGUUGGCUGAUCAAGUCUCAUCUGGUUGGCCCGUUCUACAGAAAGCUGCAUGCGGAGAGUAAAGGAAACAAAGAGAUCCUGGUGCUGGGCACCACAGCGUUUGUCUUCCUGAUGCUGACCGUUACAGAAUGGAUGGACGUGUCUAUGGAACUGGGCUGCUUCCUGGCAGGUGCACUUCUCUCCUCACAAGGUCAUAUGGUCACUGCUGAGGUCAUGAGCUGUGCUGAACCUAUCAGAGAUUUUCUAGCCAUCAUCUUCUUCGCAUCUAUUGGAUUGCAUGUUUUCCCAACCUUUGUCCUGUAUGAGUUAACCAUCCUGUUAGUCCUCACCUUCACUGUGGUGAUUAUGAAGCAUUCUCCCCUCGAGCUCGCAACACAUACGCUGGGUGGUGUCUGCCGGACUGGCGCAGGUCAGCGAGUUUUCCUUCGUUCUGGGCAGUCGAGCCCGACGGACGGGUAUCAUCUCUCGAGAGGUGUACCUGUUGGUUCUCAGCGUCACCACGUUAAGUCUUCUCCUCGCGCCCGUGUUGUGGAGAGCCGCCACGCUGAAGUACAUUCCCCGCAUGGAGAGAAAACUGUUCACCUGACCGAUGAGCUGUCAGAACCAGAGGCUCGUGGUUUGCUUUCUUUCCUAGAGAACAGAAAGACUGAUGGACAGGAGAUGUUCACGUCAAACCCUUUGGGGUUAAUGUUCUCCCUCGUGUCUCUCUUUAAUGCAUCAUAUUGAUGAUAAUCACAGAAUCCGAAAGAACUUCCCGAAGUUCAAUCGAUGCAAAUAUUUCUGAAUAAUGAUAAAGUGCAUGGUGCGCAGAAAGGACUUUUAUAAUGUUUAGGUAUAAUAUAUGACCAAAAUGUUAUUUAUUACUAUAUUAUACUGUAUGUGCCUUGAGCUGUCAACAUACAAACCAAAUAAUGUAGCUGUUAAAAUGUAAGGCAGUAAGCAAUGACUUGAUUAAUGAACAGGACAGCUUUUACAUUAUUUAGAACAAAAUCGAAUUAUUUUUAAAUGUAACUAAUAAUUUCUCUGGAUUGUGUGUGUAAAAUUGUGAUAAAAAAAUCAGGUCGAAAGUCUACUGUACCUUCGGGGUUUUAAUUAAAUGUUGAUGCUGAUAAAAUGUUAUCAGUAUAUGUGUUCUCUGGGAAUAAACCCAUGACCUCACUGUUGCUGACGCACUUUAACAUGCAUAUUAUUUAAUGAAAAUGAAAAA